AAGGCGGCACUUCCGGCCGGUUUCGCCGCGGCUCUUCCGGGUCUGUCGGUGCUGCGGCUGCGGGCAGUCGCCCGGCGGGCGGGCGGGCGGCCGGCCAUGGAGCGCCCGGGGCCCAGCGAAGUGACAGGUUCGGACGCGUCGGGGCCGGAUCCGCAGCUGGCGGUCACCAUGGGCUUCACCGGGUUCGGAAAAAAAGCUCGCACAUUUGAUUUGGAAGCAAUGUUUGAACAAACACGAAGGACAGCUGUGGAAAGAAGUCGGAAAACACUGGAAGCAAGAGAAAAAGAAGAGGAAAUGAACAGAGAGAAAGAAUUAAGAAGACAAAAUGAAGAUAUUGAACCAACAUCUUCAGGCGCACAUGUAGUCAGAGAUUGCUCUAAAUCAUCAUCCAGGGAUACAAGCAGCAGUGAGAGUGAAGAGAGUUCUGGUUCUUCUGAUGAUGAGUUAAUUGGCCCUCCUUUACCUCUUAAAAUGAUGGAGGAACCAAGUAAUCAUAUCGAGGAAGAUAUCCUCGGUCCUUUACCUCCACCUCUUUAUGAAGAAGUAGAAGAAGAUGAUGAUGAUGAUGGUGAUUCAGAGGAGGAGGAGAAUCCUGUCCAAAAGAUCCCUGACUCGCAUGAAAUAACUCUGAAGCAUGGUACUAAAACAGUUUCUGCUUUGGGUUUAGAUCCCUCAGGUGCCCGUUUGGUGACUGGAGGGUAUGACUAUGAUGUUAAAUUUUGGGAUUUUGCUGGAAUGGAUGCUUCUUUUAAGGCAUUUCGAUCUCUUCAGCCCUGUGAAUGCCAUCAGAUCAAGUCAUUGCAGUAUAGUAACACAGGAGACAUGAUUCUUGUUGUAUCUGGAAGCUCUCAGGCCAAAGUGAUUGACAGAGAUGGUUUUGAAGUAAUGGAAUGUAUAAAGGGAGACCAGUAUAUUGUGGACAUGGCAAACACCAAGGGUCAUACAGCAAUGCUUCAUACUGGUUCAUGGCAUCCCAAAAUAAAGGGAGAAUUUAUGACUUGCUCAAAUGAUGCGACUGUGAGGACAUGGGAAGUUGAAAAUCCAAGGAAGCAAAGAAGUGUGUUUAAACCACGGACGAUGCAGGGUAAAAAAGUAAUUCCCACCACGUGCACAUAUAGUAGAGAUGGAAACCUCAUAGCAGCUGCCUGCCAGAAUGGAAGCAUACAGAUCUGGGACCGAAAUAUGACUGUUCAUCCUAAAUUUCACUAUAAACAGGCCCAUGACCCAGGCACAGACACUUCUUGUGUGGCUUUUUCCUAUGAUGGCAAUGUCCUUGCCUCUCGUGGAGGUGAUGAUACAUUGAAAUUAUGGGACAUCCGGCAGUUUAAUAAGCCACUUUUUUCAGCCUCGGGUCUUCCUACCAUGUUCCCAAUGACUGAUUGCUGUUUCAGUCCAGAUGAUAAACUCAUAGUCACCGGGACAUCUGUUCAGAGGGGAUGUGGCAGCGGCAAACUUGUUUUCUUUGAGCGCAGGACUUUCCAAAGGGUGUAUGAAAUAGACAUCACGGAUGCGAGUGUAGUCCGCUGCCUGUGGCAUCCAAAGCUGAACCAAAUCAUGGUAGGAACUGGAAAUGGAUUGGCUAAAGUCUAUUAUGACCCCAACAAGAGCCAGAGGGGAGCAAAAUUAUGUGUGGUUAAAACCCAGCGGAAGGCGAAACAAGCUGAGACUCUAACCCAGGACUACAUCAUCACCCCUCAUGCCUUGCCUAUGUUCCGUGAGCCCCGCCAGCGGAGUACAAGGAAACAGCUGGAGAAGGACAGACUGGAUCCCCUGAAGUCUCAUAAACCCGAACCUCCUGUAGCAGGCCCAGGUCGUGGGGGCCGGGUUGGAACCCAUGGAGGCACUCUGUCAUCAUACAUUGUGAAGAACAUUGCUUUGGACAAAACUGAUGACAGUAAUCCCCGGGAAGCCAUUCUGCGGCAUGCUAAAGCAGCUGAAGACAACCCAUAUUGGGUUUCUCCAGCAUAUUCUAAGACUCAGCCCAAAACCAUGUUUGCCCAAGUUGAAUCUGACGAUGAGGAAGCAAAGAAUGAGCCAGAAUGGAAAAAGCGUAAAAUUUGAAGACUCUCACAUGAGUGCUGUUUGCAUGAGGGGAAGUGAUAUCGGACAGUUUUUUUUUUUUUAAUGAAAUAAAAAAUACAUUUUUAUGAAAAGUUUUUGUAGUUUGCAUUGUUGAACCAUUCAAAAGAUUGGUAGCUAAUCUUCACUAAAAUUGUACUUACAUUUUCUUAACUACAACUAUGAAUCUGUAUUAUAAAUAAAUAAGGGGUAUAUUCUUAGCCUAUUACCAAGUAAUUUAGGUAUUUGGAAACUUUAGUCAACAAUUAUUGGUCCUGUACAAAUUCUUAUAACCUUGGGAGAGAGAAUGUACAUUGAGAUGGACAUGUGUCUUGAGCAAUUCUAGGAGCAUAAUAUGAAAAUAGGCAUCAAAAGGUUUAAUAUUUCUGUAUAAUUUCACAAUAUUUAUUACAUGAUUAUAAAUAAUUAGGCUGAGUUCAGGCUAAAAGCAUUGCUGUACUAGGAAAGAACAUGUAUCUGUUUAUCCUUAAACAGCAGAAUACAGUGGUUAGGAUUUAGGAAGCAAACUUUGAAGUUAAACCCAUGUGGAUUCAAACUUUGGCUCUACUCUUUACUGUCUAGGUCUUCUUGCAAGCUAUUAAACUUCUCUCUUCUAGCCUCAGAUGAUGAUAGCACCAUCUUCAUAGGUUUGUUACAGGAUUAGAUGAGACAUUCCUUGUAUAGCAUUUAGUAUAGUACCUGACAUGUAACAAACAUACACUAUUUCCUAUUUAAAAAUAGAGCUAAUGAUAUCUACUUUGCCUGAUUUUCAUCACUAUUAAAUUAGAAAAGUAUUAAAAUGUUUGUACC